CUCUUGUUUGGUGUGUGUGCUCAGCAGGCGUGGUGCUGCUACUGCCGCCGCAGGCCGAAGCAGAAGCAAGAUGACGGACCUCCAGCCCCACGCCGGAGCAACAAGGUUGGCAUGAGACUGAAACGAUAGAAAGUGUCUGUGUAAGGUGCUUUUUAUUUUGGUAAGAAUUUUUUUUUGCUGUUUUCAUUCUUUGUGUCGUGUUUUCAGGAGAAUGUUCUUAUCUGCUACCUCGUCAUCUUCUGUGUCUUUUUGUUCCAAGUGACUGGCGUCCGUCAGAAUUUGACCUCCCAUGAAACGAGCCAUUGGUGGGUUGCGGCACGUGAGUGAGCAAACAAGCGCCUAAACAGCCUGUGGCACAAGAACUGGUUUCUCAGCAGCGUUGACUGUCAGGAAGACCAUUUCUUUGUUUUGAAUAGAACUUUAUUUCCCAACUCAUCAAACCUCAUGGAGUUGUUGCGUUGUAGUGUCAGGAACCCAGUGGAUUUUCAGUACCGUAAUCCCUCCUAUGUUGUGGUUAAUUGUUUCCAGACCCGACUGAGAAGUAGGAUUCCUUAUUUAUAAAUGGAAUAUUUUGGUAGUUAGAGCAUAGAAAACCUGUUAACCACCUUCUAAAUACGCUUUUAACAUUAUUAGAGCCUUCUAUUAAAAGACAUGAAGUAACACCCCAUAGUCACCUUUACACUCCUAUUAACAAAUAUAGUAGACAUAAUAAGAGAAAAUAAGUUUACGACCUUCUAAAUACGGCGUUUAACAAUAAAACCCUCUAUACAUGAAAUAACAACCCUAUAGUCACUCCAAUUAUCCAAUAUGGUAGACAUAAGAGAAAAUGGAAAAAGUGUUUAUGACCUUCUAAAUAGGGGAUUUAACAUUAUUUGAGCCCUGUAGACAUGAAAUAACGUCAAGAGUCACCUUUACACUCCUAUUACCCACUAUUGUAGACAUAAGAGAAAAUAAGACAGUGAACCUGUGUACAGAAAAGAGGCUUAUGUCUUUGAAUGUGUCUUUUAAAUGCCUUUAUGUUUGAAUUUUACUUCUUUUAGUCAUUUUUAUGCUUAAAUGCUUCAUUUAAGCCAAAAAAUAUGUCACAUUUAAGCACAUUGUUGGACUAAUAAUAGGUUGUAUUCAACCAUGAAACAGUGAUUUAUUAAUUAAUAUACUUUUGAAAAUGUGCCAUGUCUGACAUAGCUCACUCUCGCACACGCGCACACACACGGGUGACUUGAGAGGGGAAGAGGAAAUGUGGUGGACUCAUUAGCCACAGCUUCCUGGCUAGUCACGGUGUGGACGCACAGGAGGGAGGAGACAUUUCCUCUUCCAUCAAGCGGCUCGGGAAUUGUUUUUGAAGAAAAGUCUUGCUCCGCCUCCCUCCCCACUGGACGCCACUUCUUCCUCCUCCUCCUCUUCUUCCUCCUCCUCUUCUUCCUAGUGAAAAAGUGUGAAAUCCUUCCAGGAGAUGUUGCCCUGACCAUCAGCGUAAACAGUACAGGAAUCAGACAUGAUCAACCUCGGCCACACGGUUGUCUAGUGGUUAGCAUGUUGGCCAACACAGUAACAGUCUGGAGAUCAGGAAGAUCUCCCUUGGGCAUUUCUGUGUGGAGUUUGCAUGUUCUCCCCGUGUGUGUGUGGGUUUUCUCCCGGUACUCCGGUUUCCUCCCACAUUCCAAAAACAUGCAUGUUAGGUUAAUUGCAGACUCUAAAUUGUCCAUAGGUAUGAAUGUGAGUGUGAAUGCUUGUUUGUCUAUAUGUGCCCUGCCAUUGGCUGGCCACCAGUCCAGGGUGUACCCCGCCUGUCGCCCGAAGUCAGCUGGGAUAGGCUCCAGCAUGCCCCCGCGACCCUAAAGAGGAGAAGUGGCAUAGAAGAUGGAUGGAUUAUCAACCUCAUCACUUGUCUCCCCUCCAGAAUCCACAUCAUGAUCACGCUGCCAAGCAUCCUUCCAUUUUUUAAGCCCACCCAGUCUUCACCCGCCUCCUUGACCUCACUCAUCCUCUCCAACAACAGCACUGCCAGCGACAUAGUCCAUGGAAUACUGGGCAAAAUUCCCUUGUCUCCAUGGGUUGUCUACCUCCUGCUGGCCGUGGGCGCUCUUCUAGUGUUACUAUUCUGCGUGUGCGUGUGUGUCUGCUGCUGCAGAAGACGCAGGAAGAAGAGGCGCCAGCAGAGGCGCGACGCGCACGUCAAGCUUGCAUCGCUGAGCGGAAAAACCACCUCGGCGUUGGUUCAACCCGGCGCGGGUGAGCAUUCUGGCGUCAACAAGCAGCCGCGAGGGAAACUGCUCUACUCGCUGGAGUUCAACGCUGCUCUGUCCGAGCUGAUGGUGGGCAUCAAACAAGCCAGCAGCCUGAAGGCCAUGGACAUCGGGGGGACAUCAGACCCGUACGUCAAGGUUUACAUCCUCCCUGACAAAACCAAGACCUGCGAGACCAAAGUGCUGAAGAACACACUGAACGCCAUCUUCAACGAGCACUUCAACUUCCAGAUCUCCAAGGCGACGCUGGUCAAGUCCACGGCCGUCUUGCAGGUGUUUGACUUUGACAGGUUCUCCAAACACGACAUGAUCGGCGAGCUCAGGCUGAAACUGGGCCAAGUAGACUGGAACCACGUCAUUGAGGAGUGGCGAGAUCUGGAGGAGCCCUCGACGAUGGAGGAGGAGAACCUGGGAGAGAUCUGCUUCUCGCUGCGGUAUGUUCCCACCUCCAGCAAGCUGACCGUGGUCAUCCUGGAGGCCAAGAACCUCAAAAGCACCGACCUAGACGGGAGUUCAGAUCCGUAUGUGAAGGUGCAGUUGGCUCUGGACAAGAGGAAGUGGAAGAAAAAGAAGACGUCCAUCAAGAGCAACACGCUAAACCCGUACUACAACGAGGCCUUCACCUUCAAAGUCACCCUGGAGCAAAUACAGCGUGUCAACCUGGUCAUCUCUGUGUGGGACCACGACCCCUUAACCCCGAACGACCCGACGGGGAAGAUCUUUCUGGGCUGCGACGCGGCAGGCAACCAGCUGAGGCACUGGGCCGACAUGCUGUCCAACCCGCGGCGCCCGGUGGCCCAAUGGCACACGCUGCUGUCGGCCGAGGAGGUCAAUGCCAGCUUGACCCUCAAGAAGAAGAUCCCUCUGGUCAGGAAAAUUCCUUUCUGAGGCCAGACACACGGGGGCGCUGUGGACCCGCUCACGUUUUCAGAGGGUGGAAAAGUUUUGCAAAAGACUAGGAUUAAUACAUAACUCUGCAUAUAGUACCCCCUCUAAUGAAGAGGAGCACUUCCACUUUUGUAUAAAAUACCUUCAACUGUAACGUACAUGAAAAGUUCACCUGACAUUCAAGUGGAAAGUAAAGAAGAA